CGUGUUUCCACACGGAACUAUUAUUGUGUGUGACGCAUUAACGCUGCUCUGCUCACUACGUGCGAAUAAUGAUCUAUCUCAAACUUUCAGGCAGUCAUCGAUUAUUGAAUAUUUACAUUAUUUCUUCAUUUUUUUAGGUACGUACUAAACGCGCGACACAGCUCUUAUGUUUUGUAUGCAUCGGCAGAUGAUGAAUUUCUUCCGUAACCGUCUGGUGGUUCUGGGGCUGGUGUUACUGGCCACGGUGCUGCUGUAUCUGCUGCUGCCCUCCAUCCGGCAAGGGAGCAUGGAACCGUCUCUGGAGGUGCAGCAGCGGAUGGGUCUGAUCCCCGCCUCUCCUCCUCCGCCGUCCGGCAUCAACAUCACGGUCAGGACCGGACAGCUACCCGGGGACCCGCCGCUCUUCUUCCGGGAGGCUCUACCCGUGGACAGCGCCGGACGACAGAUACUGCCCAGGCUGCAGAUGGUGCUGCUUCAUGGUCAGGCCUUCACCUCUAAGACCUGGGAGGAGUUGGGCACCCUCAGCCUACUGGCGUCCAACGGGUACCAGGCCCUCGCGCUCGACCUGCCCGGUUUCGGGAAUUCUCCAGAUUCAGAGUCGGUAAAGUCGGAUCAGAGCCGCGUGGACCUUCUAAAGCGUUUUCUGGAAGCUCUGGGCGUGCGAGCGCCGGUGUUACUGAGCCCGUCUAUGAGCGGCCAUUACGCCCUGCCGUUCCUCCAGAAACACAGCGCCCAGCUGCAUGGCUUUGUGCCCAUCGCCCCCGUGGGUACCCGCGGCAUCACCCCACAGCAGUACCGCGACAUCCAGACUCCAACGCUGAUCGUAUAUGGGGAGUUAGACACCAACCUGGGCGCCCAAUCGCAUAAGAACCUGAUUCAGCUGCCCCAUCACACCGCGGUAAAGCUGGCGGGAGCACGACACGCCUGUUACAUGGACAAACCCCGCGAGUUCCACCGCGCUCUGCUCGACUUCCUCAGCAAGCUCGACUGAGGGACGAAACGAGUCAAACGAUUGUGUGGGAAAGACUACUAGAAGAAAAAGAGAGACGCGAGAAAAGAAAAUGAUGAACAGGGCUGUGGAGUAGCUGUAAAUCCAGUCCUGAAACCUAAAACAACACCGGAACGUUCUAUCACGCAUCUGUCCAUCCACAUCAACUCACUCCUUAUUAUUUCCCUUUUGUUAAUAUAUAUAAAACAAACAAAUCUUCUGCAGGAUUACUAUAGGACAGCUUCUUUUGUAGAUUGUAAACAUCUUCUUUUAUACAUUUCUACACUGUUGCCAUGGAUCCCUCUUGUUUUUACUGUUGUUACUGUAACAGCCUGCCUAAAGGUUGUUAUGGUUUCUAGUCUGAGGGUUGUUCUGUAAUGCAGUUCCUAUGGUUUCCAGUCUUGAGGAGUGUUCUGUAAUGCAGCUGCCAUGGUUUCCAGUCUGAGGGAUGUUCCUGUAACACAAUCGUCUUGAUUUCCAGUCUGAGAUUUAUUCCAUAACACUGUCGCCAUGGUUUCUGGUCUGACGGAUGUUCCUGUAACACAGUUGACAUGGGUUCUUUUCUGAGGGUCUGAUGGUUUCUAGUCUGACAGUUGCUCCAAUAACAUGGUUUCCACACCGAGAAAUGUUCUUGUAAAUCAGUUGCCAUGGUUUACAGUCUGACAGUUGUUCCUGUAACAUGGUUGCCAGGGUUUCCAGGCAGAGAAAUGUUUCUGUAAAUCAGUUGCCAUGGUUUCCAGUCUGACAGUUGUUCCUACAACACAGUUGCCAUGGUUUCCAGUCUGACAUUUUCUCCAAUAACAUGGUUUCUAAUCAGACAGUUGUUCCUAUAACACAGUUACCAUGGUUUCCAGUCUGACGGUUGCUCCAAUAAAAUGGUUACCAUGGUUUCCAGUCUGACAGUUGUUCCUAUAAUACAGUUGCUAUGGUUUCCAGUCUGACGGUUGCCCCUAUAACAGUUGCCAUGGUUUCCAGUCUGACAGUUGUUCCUAUUACACAGUUGCCAUGGUUUCCAAUCUGACAGUGGCUCCAAUAACAUGGUUCCCAUGGUUUCCACCCUGAGGAUUAUCCCUGUAACUCAGCUGCCAUGUUUUCUGGUCUUGAGCUGUUCCUAUUGUAAUGUUGCCAUGGUUUCCUGUCUAAGGGUUGUUCUUAUAAUAUGACUGCCAUGGUUUCCUGUAACAGCAAGAGUCACAUAAUGCCAAAAAUCAUUGUCAUUUAUAACCCUCCAUUUCAAAUUUGCUUGACAGGAAACUGGAGUCUUCAAUCCCACAAGAACAUCUCAGAGAAGAAAACGGUAUUUGUCAUUUUCGGUUCGUAUAUGUUUGUUUUAUCGUUGAGUGAAGUCCAGAGUGUUCACACCAGCAGUUGGCACAUACGUAUCACUGAAUGUAGCAUGUUAAUGUGUGGAUGACUCACUAUACGGUUUUAGAUGCUCAAAAACAGAGAGAAAGGUUGCAGUAUCGGAUGCCUAUAAAUUUAAUUUUUCAUUAUCAGUAGUUGCCAGAUUUGAACUGGUAGUAGUUUAGUCCUCGCAAUAAAAGAGAAUUUCCUGAGACUGCAGAGAAGAAAAAUUGUUCAUUAAAUGAUAGCGGUAUUACAUUACUAGACCUAAAAAUGUAGGUUUUCGUUGCAUAUUUAUUAUUUAUUGCUUAAAGCUUCUACAUGACAGAAACUGUAAUGUGUGUGGUAUUUAUGUGCUGUGGUCUGUUGUUUUUUGUUUUUAUAGCUUGUAAAUAUGAAUAUGUUGUAGAGGACAGUGAGGCACAUUUGACCUGUGAAUAUUUCUGAGAUCCCAAAUCUUCAACCUGAAGGGAUUUGUCAUUGGGACUGAAUUCAGAUUCCUGUGUGUAUGGUACUGCAAAACCAUCAAACAUGCUUUUGUUCAAUGCAAAAUAAAAUUCUUUAACAUUGA